CCUACACCACAAGAUUUAGAAGAUUCUGACGAUGAGAGUCUAAGCGAUUUAGAACCAGAGGUUGUUUUGAAUACUCAAUCAGCAAGUGAACAUCGAGAAAUUGACUACGAGGCCAUACGCAAUAAAAUAGACAACUACAGGGAAAAUAUUGAACCAAACAAACGCCUCUAUAAUCCUCUCUGGUACUAUAUAAUCGAUCAUUCAGGACAGCAUACACCAACGAAUAAUCUCCUUAGUGAAUUUAGGGAAAUCAUUCCGAAAGAUGUUUCCUUUAUAGUUGAAGAAACUUCCGAAGAACUUUCAAAAUUGUUUAAUAAUCUCGUAAAUACGCAAGAUUUAAAUUCUGUGCUUGUAAAGAAUGAAAAAGAAGAUAACAUAAAGGAUGUAUGGAAACAAAUCCAUAAAAAUUUAGGCCGGCCAAAACGUAAGCUUUCUGAAGCAAUGCACAAAUAUAGAAACAUUCUACCAUAUUUCGACAACAUCUUUGAUGACGAUGAAUGGCAACUUGAAUGUGGCGAAAACUCUUUGGUGAGUUCAAGCGAGCGACGGAAUCUAAACAGAGACCCGCAAUCUCAAGCUCGAAUUGGUCAAAAAUGUGAUAUUACAAUCACUUCUAAUAAGCUCGGCUGGUCCCCAGAGCUGCUUAUAGGGGAGGUAUCGGGAGGUAUCUUACCACAAUGCUCAGCGCACAAGGCAUGGGAGGAUAAGAUAAAACUUGGAAUCGGCUUGAGAGACAUACUAGUCCGAUUGGAAAACGAGUUGCCAGGUAUAAACCAAGCUGUAUAUGGCGUACAAGUUGUUGGGUAUAAAUUAAAGGUUUAUGCCAUG